UAUGGAAGAAGGAAAUGGUGAUGUAACCUUAGAGAGAGUCGACCAAAGAGCUGGACUGCACAAUCUUUCUGCAGCUGCUCCAGGAGUUUCAGUGGCAUUUGGAAAUUCCUGGGGCGUGGGAGAAAGGACAGCCAGCCUUUUUACAGCUCUGGAGAGAGAUGUCCUCUAGGUCAGCGAUGGUUUUUGGGUGGAAUUUCUGGGCAGCUCUGUCUGCUGUCCUCCUUGCAGCCCAGACAUUCCCGCACACCAAUAUUAAAAUAAGCCAAGCGCUGCCAGAGUCGAUCCUGUCUUAUUCUUGCCCUCUCUUCUGGACCGAAUAUGAAGGCUACUGUUACCGGUAUUUUCCCAUUAACAAAACUUGGGCAGAAGCGGAUCUGUACUGUGCAGAGUUUUCCAUCGGCUUAAAAUCAGCCAAAUUAGCAUCUAUUCACAGCUGGGAAGAGAACGUCUUUGUCUACGACCUUGUAAACAGCAGGGUGCCUGGUAUACCCACGGAUAUCUGGACGGGAUUGAAUGAUCUUAGACAGGAGAGCAACUUUGAAUGGACAGAUGGCUCUCCAUAUGACUACAACUACUGGGAUGGCAAUCAACCAGAUGACGGGAUCCACGCUAUGCCGGAGGAGGAAGACUGCGUGCAGAUCUGGUACAGAUACAGCAGUGCUUUACGGUCUUGGAACGACAAUAGCUGCAGCCGAGAAUUUCCAUUUGUGUGUAAGAUCCCAUCCUUGGCAGCUGAUUAACUGACUUCCUGGCCCUGGAGAAAUGAAACAUCUGAGUUUCAAACGA